GUAUUCGAGUAGCACCACAUUUGUCAUUGGCCAUAAGCUCAUUUGCGGCCCCAUUCAUCUAGCUCACUACUAUUGGGUGUACCAAAGUGCAUACUACUGAUGCGUGAUCCUGCGAUUAGUAAAUCAUGGUUUUGAUGAACUCACUCGGCGCGACACCAGUCCGGCUUCGUAAUGGCCACUUCUGUAAUUAUCGACGGCGUUGACGCAUUCCUCGCAGUGGGAUAGUGGAACUGAACGAUAUAAAAGGGGAUUGAUGUCCACGAUAUGAAAGUCGUGCUGGCCAGAAUAGAUUAUACAAAAUCACUACGUGACAUCCUGCAUGAAACAUCUGGCUAUCAUUCUUGUCAUGUCUACCUUCGACAACCUUUUAAGCGCUGCAGUGGCAGAUCAUGUCAUCCCCGGUGCCGCAAUGGUGGCCAGGAACAAGUCUGGAACUCUGAAAUUCAACAAAUCCUUCGGUCUCCAAUCAUCCGGUACCAACUCGGACAUUCCAUACAGUGCCUCCACCGUCUUAGAAAUGGCAUCCAUGACCAAGCUCAUCACCAGCAUCGCCGCAUUGCAACUCAUCGAGCGCGGCCUCGUAGGACUGGACGACGACCUCUCCUCCAUCCUGCCGGAGUUGGCAUCGCAGCCGAUCCUCACAGGCUUCGACCCGGCGGGGAAGCCCCAGCUCAAGCAGCGCCGGAACCCCAUCACGCUGCGGCUGCUGCUGACCCACAGCACCGGCGCCGGGUACACGUUCACGCCGGGCUCGGUCCUGGCCGAGUAUCGGACGCGGAUCCAGGGUGGGGGCAUCCUAGACGGGGCGACGGUGAACGCGCGGUUCGACUUCCCGCUGCUCUACGAGCCGGGCGAGGACUGGGAAUACGGGCACUCCAUCGACCGCGCCGGGCAGGUGGUCGAGCGGGUCUCGGGACUGCGGCUCGGGACGUACUUCCGGGAGAACAUCUUCGCGCCCCUGGGCAUCCGCAGCGGGACCUUCACGCCAGAGCUGGACACAGACCCCGGCAGCAGAGCCGCCGUCACGUUCCGGGACCCGGAGACAGGGCGCGCGGUCGAGCGCCCCGGCGAGCCCACCCUCGCGGGCAACACCACCGAGGACUUCGGCGGCCAGGGCCUGCACAUGUCCGUCGAGGACUACCUGAAGGUGCUAGAGUCGCUGCUCCUGGACGACGGGAAGCUGCUGGACCCAAAGGUGGCGAAGACACUGUUCGAGCCGCAGCUGGGCCCCAAAAGCAAGGAAGCCCUGCUCAAGGCCGUGGUGACCCGGGAGGAUUUCGUCGGGAACUUUCCGAAGACCGGGGAGUAUGACUGGAGCUUUGGAGGGGCUGUGAUCGAUGGCGACAGCCAUGAGUUUAGGAAGAAAGGGGCGCUGCUCUGGGGUGGUGCGGCGAAUUUGUUUUUUUUCGUGGACAGAGAAGCGGGCGUCACUGGUGUCUUCGGCACCCAGGUAUACCCCUCAGGCGAUAAGAAGAUCAAAAAGUUGUAUUCCGCUUUUGAGAAGGAGAUCUAUAAGCUAGGUGCGAGUCAAUAAGUUAGAAGUCACUAGGGAACAUGGCGUGCUGCAAGCUUGGUGUUUAAGGUUAGAAUUUAGACAAUAGUCACAUUUCAAUUCUUUAUGUAUGGACGGGAGAUUCGCGGUGGUCAUUG